CCAAAUCUCCACCAAUCCAUCACAUCCCACGAACGUGUUCGCGGUUCCUUUUCCUGUUUCUAAUUCAGCACGCGUCUUCUCUCUUGCUCGCUCUGUCUCGCUCUCGCUCCUGCUGGGUUAGCGCUUGUGGCUUUCACACACGAAACGCCACCGCCGCCGCCUCUCGCUUUCUCUUCCUCUCUCUCUCCGUGCCUUCAUCUCUUCUCAGCCUCCAGCGAGUGAAGGAGGAAGAAGACGACUCGUCGCAAUGGCAAGCGCAACAGGGCUGACGAGUGACCCAGCGUGGAAGCGGCUGGCCGAGUGGCACGCCGAGCACUCGGCUGCGCUCAAGAUGAGGCAGCUCUUCGACAAGGACGCGGAACGAUUCGCCAAAUUCAGUCUGCUGCUCAACACUGAUGACGGAGAGCUACUGCUGGACUACUCGAAGAACCUCCUCACACCGGAGGUCAUGGACCUGCUGCUCGACCUGGCACGUUCACGUGGAAUUGAAAAGGCCAGGGACCGCAUGUUCAGCGGGGAGAAGAUUAACUUCACAGAGAACCGCGCGGUGCUGCACGUGGCUUUGCGCAACCGCUCCAGCAAGCCGAUGGUGGUGGACGGCAAGGACGUGAUGCCUGACAUCAACGCCGUGCUGGACAAGAUGCGCGGCUUCUGCGAGAGGGUGCGGAGCGGACAGUGGAAGGGCUACUCUGGCAAGCCAAUCGCCGACGUCGUCAACAUCGGCAUCGGCGGCUCUGACCUGGGCCCCCUGAUGGUGACCGAGGCGCUGAAGCCGUACUCGAAGGGCGGCCCCAACUCGUGGUUCGUGUCGAAUAUCGACGGCACGCACAUGGCCAAGACGCUCGCCGUGCUCGACCCCGAGACGACGCUCUUCAUCAUCGCGUCCAAGACGUUCACGACUCAAGAGACGAUCACCAACGCCGAGUCGGCCAAAGAGUGGCUCCUGAAGAAAGCUGGAGACCCCGCGGCAGUCGCGAAGCACUUCGUGGCGCUCUCCACAAACGGGGCAAAAGUGAAGGCUUUCGGCAUCGACACAAACAACAUGUUCGAGUUCUGGGAUUGGGUGGGAGGUCGUUAUUCACUCUGGUCGGCGAUCGGCCUCUCCAUCGCCCUGCACAUCGGCUUUGAAAACUUUGAGCAGCUGCUCAGUGGAGCUCACUGGAUGGACAACCACUUCUGCAGCGCGCCCCUCGCGAAGAACGCGCCGGUGAUCCUGGCGCUGCUGGGCGUGUGGUACGGCAACUUCUACAGCGCCGAGACGCACGCGCUGCUGCCCUACGACCAGUACAUGCACCGCUUCGCUGCCUACUUCCAGCAGGGUGACAUGGAGUCCAACGGGAAGUACAUCACAAGCUCGGGCCGUCGCGUAGACUACAGCACGGGCCCUAUCGUGUGGGGCGAGCCGGGCACCAACGGGCAACACGCCUUCUACCAGCUCAUCCACCAAGGAACCCGCAUGAUCCCGGCGGACUUUCUCAUCCCCGCUCAAACGCAGCACCCCAUCCGAGACAGCCUGCACCACACGAUCUUGCUGGCGAACUUCCUGGCGCAGACGGAGGCGCUGAUGAAGGGGAAGACGGAGCAGGAGGCUCGCGCUGAGCUGCAGGGGGCCGGGCUCGCAGGCCCCGCCCUCGACAAGCUCCUCCCCCACAAGGUGUUUGAGGGGAACCGCCCGACCAAUUCGAUUGUCUUCAACAAGCUCACGCCCUUCAUGCUGGGGGCUCUCAUCGCCAUGUACGAGCACAAGAUCUUCAUCCAGGGCGUCAUCUGGGACGUGAACAGCUACGAUCAGUGGGGUGUGGAGUUGGGCAAGCAGCUGGCCAAGGCCAUCGAGCCGGAGCUGACCUCGCCGGGAGAGGUCACCUCCCACGACUCCUCCACCAACGGCCUCAUCGGCUUCAUCAAGCAGCACCGGCAGUGACUAGGCGCGUGCGAGCCAGCACCGCUGCCCCCACCCCCCUCCAGCGUCUCCGCCAAGCUCUGACACGCCGUUCUUCGUGCUCGCACCACGGGGUUGGGGGUGUUGUGUUCCACCGGACGUGUCGGCCUCUUCCGCUCGGGUGUGAGCUGUGGGGUGCUGGGGGAGGCGCGGCGUAAUGUGAUGCGGGCUGACCAGGGUGUCCCCUCUCCCCUCCAAUCUUCUGUAAUACCCCGGCGAGGUUAGCUCGGCUUGUGAUCGAUCGUUUUGCUUGCGAGACGUUUGUCACAGGCAACCGCGGUGGCAAGCAUGUGACGUGUGCGUUGCCUGUUUGUCUAUCCGCUGCUGGAGGAGGGCCUUACCACCCAUGCCGUUCGGGCUCAUGGGGGAGGCCUUCAAACCUCACCGUUGUUGUUAGACCGAUAAACAUUUGACAUGCAAGGACAAUCGUUGUCACUCGUCCAUCUACACUCGAUUGGGUGGGGGGGGGGGGGGUAACGUGAUGAAACGCACAGUGUGCGACACCCCUGCAAGUGUAGGCUCGUGUGAACGUCAAGCUUGAGGAAGAGUCUCCUCGCAAGACGGGCCACCGUCAUCUCGUUAUGCCAGGGGUGGGGAACCUUUUUUCUGCCAAGGGCCAUUUGGAUAUGUAUAACAUCAUUCGCGGGCCAUACCAAAUUAUCAACUUAAAAAUUAGCUUGUUAUAUUUGGUCAAACAUUUCAUUAACUCACCUCUAAUGCGAUGGCUGGAACUGCUUCUCUUUGGUGAGGCGUGUGAUGUUAGCUGAUAUUGAUGAUGUUGCUACUCGCAACUGCUUUUCCAGAUUUGCUCCUAGAUUUAUUGAAUUUCGAGUGCCGCCUGCAGUUGCCUUGGCAGGGCCACACCAAAUGAUACCGCGGGCCUUGUACGGCCCGCGGGCCGGACGUUCCCCAGCCCUGCGUUACAUCGUGCGUGGACUGCCUCCACCGACCCUCGUUAUGAAGCGCCGAUCCGUCUCGUUGGCUCGCUCGCCCCACCAGCGCUCACCCCACCAGCGCUCACCCCACCAGCCCUCACCCCACCAGCCCUCACCCCACCAGCCCUCACCCCACCAGCCCUCACCCCACCAGCCCUCACCCCACCAGCCCUCACCCCACCAGCCCUCACCCCACCAGCCCUCACCCCACCAGCGCUCACCCUACCCGCUGCCUGUUAGAGAACGCGCGGAGCACGUGCACACACCCUGUGGUCCGGUUGAACAUUUCCACCGUGGCGAGCGGUCACCCCUCCAUUGGUCCGCGUGCGCGCACGCGGAGAGGUUGCACGUGGCCACUUUUUGAACAAGCUUGAAUCUCCGUGUGGUUUGUAAGCUCUGCGCACAGCGCCACUGGCGCGUAGAAACAUUUCCACCCUUUAGAAGGAAGCUCAUGUCCAUCGCUGUGUGUGUGGUGUUUGUUGUUUUUGAGCAUGAAUUCUCACAUGUUAUUGGAACUCAUUUAAGGCUUGGCAUUUUGGGAUACGAGUAAGGACUCGUAGACUGUGGUCAAGUUUUUGGGAAAUUGCUGGUUAAAGUUGAAUGACUUGAUUUCCCCAAGGGGGCUUUUGGAGACCAAUCUAAUGUCACCUUGAGUUUGUUUAUCACCAAUAUCUCACGAGCUAUUCGCAUGUUCUUCUUGCCGGCCUCUGCAAACCUCAAGAGUGACAGUGAUAGUUGUGAUGAUGACGAUGGUGGAUAUGGUGGUGGUGAUGGUUGUCUGAUUGUGAUGACGUUCCAAGUGUUUCAUGUUCCCUACUACCCCUUCAUGUUUGUGGUGACGUACUGCAGUGAGACUCCGAUAAACCCAGAAUUUCCCAUCCAUUCCUUUGUUGCAACCAACCACGGUACUUCACGAGUUUUCCCAAUGUAACCUUUCAAACGCGAGUCGUGACACGCCGCACGCACCUGAUGUUUGGUGAACAAGUCCCGCUGGACGCGGCGCCGAUUGAAAUUGUCGCUGUUGUGCGAGAAGCACACGUACACCUAUGCACACGUACACCUAUACACACGCACACCUAUGCACACGUACACCUAUGCACACGUACACCUAUACACACGUACACCUAUGCACACGUACACCUAUACACACGCACACCUAUGCACACGUACACCUAUACACACGUACACCUAUGCACACGUACACCUAUGCACACGUACACCUAUGCACACGUACACCUAUGCACACGUACACCUAUACACAUUCAUCGUAGGCCCCAUCUACGCAUGGGACGCAAGAUCGCAUUGAAUUCCAGUCAACACUUGGGUCAAGUCAGGACCACACGUGGUACAGUUUUACACACAAGGUCGCCAAAGUCUCCCAAGUUUGAAUCGGCACUUGGGUCACGCGGGAACGCGCGUUGCGGACGGCAUUCUACCGCACUCACGUCGUGUUCACCAAUCGUCGGGUGCCUGCAGUUUGCAACAACGCAAAUUUGUGUUUCAGAAGGGACAUUGGUAAAUGCAAAAACACGUGCGGUGGUCGAAAUGCAGUGAAUGGGGAGGAGGUCGUGAAGCCCUGGCAGCGUGUCGCCUCUGUCUCGCGCUGGACCGCAUGUGAGAUGUGACGUGUCCGUGUCGUCUCCGUUACAAACCGCGCCCCGCUGCUGGCUUGGUUUCCCCUGUCGGUGAUCCUCGUGAUGUCGUUGAGACGCUAUGUGUGCCCGCGCACCGUGAUCGCAAAUAAAGUUCCGAUCCUGCAACCAG